AUGGUGACUUCAAAACUUGAGGUGUUAGUGGACUUUGGAGACAGUCCAGAUCAGGAUCUAAUAACUAAAACUAUUACUAAUCUUACAUCUAAAGAAGGUGUUAAACAGGCCAAAUUCCAAGAUGGCGCUAUAAUGGUGGAAACCUCAUUACCAAGCACGGAGAUUUUGGAUUAUGUCACUAAGACUUCUGGUAAACGAGCUGUCUUACAAGGAUUUGGUGGUGAGAAUAACUAAAUUGAAUGAAAUAAAAAUUUUAGGUCAUAAUAAGCUGAA